AUGGGAUUCGAUGGCACAAGAGUAGAUCCCCUUGGAGUAAUAGACUUGUCCGUAACCGCGGCGAAGAGGACUUUGAAGGAGAACUUUGUUUUAACAGAGAUCCAUCAUUCUUACAAUCUCAUUAUGGGAAAAGGUUGGAUACAUCUGAUGAAAGGAGUUCCGUCCACCCUCCACCAGGUGAUACGGUGCUUAUCUCCGGAUGGGAAAGAAGUAAUUAAUCUGUGGGGCGAUCAAGUCGCAGCGAAGGAAUGUUAUAUGCUGACACAAGUUAAGGCGAAGAGGAUGUCGACUCAACAGCAACCAGGCUCUUCUUCCACGUCCGAAGAAAAGGAGGCAUUAAUUAAUGUUAUCCGGAGCAAUGCAGAUGCCUUUGCAUGGGAUCACUCGAACAUGGUAGGGAUCGAUCCCAUAGUUUCCUGCCAUAGCCUGAAGGUAGAUCCGGAGUUCAAACCGGUCAAGCAGAAACAUCGAAGGUUUGCCCCUGAACGCAAUCGCAUUAUAGCUGAAGAAGUAAACAAAUUAUUGCAAGCAGGUUUCAUUCGAGAAGUACAAUAUCCGCAGUGGUUGUCGAACGUGGUAGUCGUACAAAAGAAGAAUAGAAAGUGGAGGGUUUGUAUAGAUUAUACCAACCUCAACAAAGCCUGCCCUAAAGAUAGCUACCCUCUGCCCAAGAUAGACCAGAUGGUUGAUGCUACCACCGGCUAUGAGAGGGUCAUGCCCUUCGGACUGAAGAAUGCUGGAGGUACUUAUCAACGCCUUGUCAACAAGAUAUUCGAUAAUCGGCUGGGAAAGACAGUUGAAGCAUAUAUAGAUGACAUGGUGGUUAAAAGUGUGAAAAAAGAAGAUCAUCCGAAGCAUCUACAGGAAGUUUUCAAUACUUUGAAGAAGUACAACAUAAAGUUGAAUCCAUCUAAAUGCUCAUUCGCGGUAUCAUCAGGUCAAUUCCUCGGCCACAUAGUGAAUAAAAGAGGGAUAGAGGUAAGUCCGGCUCAGGCUAAAGCCCUCAUCCAGAAUCAGGAACCAAAAAAUUGCAAGGAGGUGCAGCAACAGGAGGCCCUCAGUCGGUUGAAAGGUUACAUGGAUGAACCACCCAUUCUAUUCGCUCCAAAACCCGGGGAGGUUCUUAUUAUGUACUUGGCGAUUUCUAAUACAUCGACAAGUGCAGCAUUGAUUAGAAACGAUGGAAAGAGGCAAUAUCCAAUCUUCUAUACAAGUAAGACCAUGACAGAUGCAGAGACGCGAUAUAGUAAAGCAGAAAAAGUUAUCUUAGUUUUGAUCUACGCCAAGAGGAAGUUUCGGGAUUAUUUUGAAUCUCAUAGCAUUAUGGUACUCACCAACUAUCCUAUACGGGGUAUACUCUCUAAGCCUGAUUUAUCUGGGAGAAUUACCAAGUGGGCUAUCGAGCUUAGUUCCUUCGACAUAACCUAUGAGCCAAAGGUGUCGCAUAAAGGACAAGCCGUAGCGGAUUUCCUUCUCGAGUAUGAAGAUACUGAUACUCCUGAAGAGCCGGCACACCCAGAACCACAGUGGGAACUUCGAGUCGAUGGUUCCUCGAAUCAAGCAAGUGCAGGAGUAGGCGUUGUAAUGUCAACUCCCGAAGGCACUAAAUUGCAGCAAUCUAUCUGUUUGAAGUUCCCAGCUACAAAUAAUGAGGCCGAGUACGAAGCAUUACUUGCUGGUCUUCGGUUGGCUUGUAGUCUCCAGGUACGUUGCUUAAAGGUUUUUAGUGACUCACAGCUUGUUAUAAAUCAAGUAACAGGUCAGUACCAUCCCAAAGAGGAAAGAAUGAAAGCAUAUAAAGAAGCUGUAGAGAACGUUGCACGGGGAUUCGAUCAGAUCGAAUUCUAUCAGGUACCUCGUGUUGAGAAUGCCGAAGCAGAUCAAUUGGCCACAUCAGCGUCAUCUUCAAAUGAGGAUCUGAUUCGGAUUGUGCCGAUUGACGUUCUGGACGGGCCCAGCAUUAAUCCUCCGCAGGAAGUAAUGGUAAUUCCAGUUAUUCCUCGAGAACCAUGCUGGAUUGAUCUAUUGGAAACUUACCUCAAGCAUGGGGCUCUUCCAGACCAGAAGUCCAAAGCACGGAAGCUCCGUAUAACCGCAACUAAAUAUGCCAUCAUUAACAAUCAGUUAUACCGAAAGUCAUUUUCAGGUCCUUACCUGAAAUGUUUAAGCCCUACUGAGGCUCUUGUGGUGUUGAGACAAAUCCAUGACGGAGAUUGUGGUAACCACUCCGGGGGCAGAUCCCUCGCGCAUAAAGUCUUGACUCAAGGUUACUUAUGGCCGUACUUGUCCUGGAAUGCAGAAGAGUAUACACGAAGGUGUGAUAAAUGUCAACGUCACGGUCCUAUGAAGCAUCAGUCUGCCGAAGAUUUGCACGCAAUGGCGAAUCCGUGGCCAUUCGCACAAUGGGGGAUUGAUAUGGUAGGCUCGUUACCCAAGACUGUGGAACAAAAGGAGUACGUGCUACUGGCUACAGAUUAUUACAAUAAAUGGGUAGAAGCCGAGGCCUAUUCAAGUGUGACCCAUGAACAGGGGAAUGGACAGGCUGAAAUAACUAAUCGGACAAUUUUCAGUUGUUUAAAGAAGAAAUUGGAGAAACUCAAAACGAAAUGGUACGAGAAUCUCCCUCGGGUGCUUUGGGCAUACCGAACCACACCGCGGCGGCCUACGGGAGAGAGUCCCUUUGCCAUGGCUUAUGGAUCUGAAGCUGUGAUCCCAACCGAAGCGGCAGUUCUGUAA